AUGCCGGCGCUCAAAAUAUGCGUAUUGAAUGUGAUUGUGUUCAGUGUGGGUCUGGUGGGCACAAUCGCCGAGUCGUUUCGGGCGCUAAACAUCUACUCGUGUCUUGUAAUCAUAUUUCCAUUCGGUUUACUACUCAUCCAAAUGACUGUCCGGAUGAGCAGAAAGUCUUUCGAUACGAUCGAUCAGCUCCUGGCCGGCGCUCUCGUCAUACUACUCAUGCAGAUAAUCGUCGCCUAUCUGUUGGCCCGAGAGAUACGGCACUUAACUCUUCUGAAUCGAGGCAUCAAUUAUAAGAUGUGUCACAUAGAAGAUGGUAGUGAUGUACAGCUCUGCCAAACAGCACAACAGCCCACUGAGGAGUUGGAGCAAUGAUGGCAUUGAUAACCGUUUUGGUGGGGGAGGGGAGACACAGAUAUAGGAGAUGUGGAGCACUGGGGCUAUAGAUUGCACGCAAAGAUUGAGUGAUAAAGUGAUGAACGAAAUGUGAUGUUCGGCCAAAAUAUAGUGACAAUCGAUAUAUAAUAAUGAUUUGUGUGACGAUAAGUGAUGAG